GUAGCAUGUAUUAUAAUCCAUUUUGUUUCGACACUUUCGUUUUGUCACCAUGCAGAGGCAGAUAAGCAGCCAGCGCGAUUCCCUGACCAAGUGUGCCAGUGUGGUCGCCGCACUGGGUGCAACUCCCAAGGUAAGUGAUGAUGAGGCACAUCUGAUACCAGAUUUGUUAUCUUCCCUGUUGUUGUUUGUUGUGCGCCAGGAGAAUAUACGUUAUAUGCCCACCUAUCGCUUGGAUCCCAAGAAUCCGUUGAUCAAGGAACGUCUGGAGAUUGCCAUGCGAACCAUCAUGGACAAAAAUUACAAUGAGGAUUACUUAUUCCAUCCGAAGCAGUCCUACCACUUGGCUGCCCAGGUCAGCGAAGAAAUAAAAGACAGCAUCAAGCUUAUGGAUUUCGAUAGCAGAUACCGUUAUGUGGUGCUGGUGUCCGUUGGUGAGUUGCUUAUGCAAGGCCUCUGCUCCAUGGUGAACUUUCUGUGGGAUGCCGACAAAGAUGGUUUUGUUACCUACUCCAUCCAGACACCCAAUUAUUUCGCCGUCUGCACAAUAUUUUAUUUAUAUUACGACUAAGUGCAUACAACGAUGAUUUUGUAAUAGCUAAGUAUUUUUAGAAUGAAAUUUCUGAAAAAAAAAUGUUAAAUAAUCGAUUGAAGAUGAGGCAAAUUUGUAUAGAUGAUAAGACGUAUGUAAGAUUUAACUGUUGUCCUCGGGUAUAGUAUAGUUACCAAUUGAUGUUGUUACCUGCCUGUUAGGAGACAAUAUGUACAUAUAAAUUAUACAUAGUAUAUAUUUCAGUUGGCAAAUAUUCACUUUUGUUGCAGCAUGAUUAAAACACAAUUGAUUGAAACUCACUUUAGAAAUCACAUGUCUAGUCAAAUCACACACAUCAGAAAUGUAUUCCGU